AUGCGACCAAGUGACAACAAGAAUGCCAAAAUGGAGAGAGGUGAAAAUAUUUCCAGUGACAAUAUGAAGGAUUUAUCGAGCCCCUCUGAUGCGAAUGUUGAGACUGCUAGCCUCCAAUCUGGAGGAAGCAAUGAAGAAACUAUUGAACUCGAUCCUGAUAUGAUAGAGGAACGAUUUAGGGUCGACAGACGAAAGUUAGAGCAAAUGCUUUUACUUGAAGAUGGAGAGGGUGAGACUGCUGAGGAAUUUUUUCUCAAGGUAAUGGAAGAUUCUAACGUUCAAAUCACAUGGCCAUCCAAGCUUAAAAUUGGCGCAAAGUCUAAAAAAGACCCACAUAUUAAAGUGAUGGGGCGCCCAGAAGAUGUAAACCAAGCUAAAGAGCAAGUUAUGACAGUGCUGGACACAAAGAGUAACAGGGUCACUUUAAAGAUGGAUGUCUCACAUACGGAACAUUCUCACGUAAUUGGCAAAGGAGGUAAUCAAAUAAAAGCAGUCAUGCAGGACACAGGAUGUCACAUACACUUCCCAGACUCCAACAGGAGCAGCCAGGGAGAAAAAAGCAAUCAGGUCUCAAUCGCAGGUCAGCCACUUGGAGUGGAGCAAGCUAGAGUCAAAAUAAGAGACCUUCUCCCGCUAGUAUACAUGUUUGAGCUCCCUGUCACGGGUGUACUCCAACCCAUACCAGACCCACAAUCACAGCCAAUCCAGCACAUCCAAGAUACAUAUAAUGUCACGGUAACCAUAAAACAACGUCCCAAGGUCUAUGUUACUACGGUGAUCGUACGUGGACAGAUUAGCAACGCUAAGGCAACCAAAGAAGCAACGACCCUAUUGGUGGAACAUUUAACAGGGACACUAGGGGGAACACUACCAGUGAGCAUGCAAAUGGAGAUUGCACCUCAGCACCAUCUAUUCAUAAUAGGCCGUGGCGGCAUGAACAUUAAACAUAUAAUGCAGCGCACAGGCGCUACUAUACAUUUUCCCGAGCAGACGACAGUUACCCCCCAGCGUAAAGGCACCGUGUAUCUCACAGGAAGUAUCGAGAGCAUAUUUCAGGCCCGUCAACAGCUGAUCGACUGUCUCCCUCUAGUGUUGAUGUUUGACAUGAAAGAGGAUCAAGAAACUAUAGAUCAGUCACGAAUCACCAGACUAAUGGAGCAACUAGACGUCUUCAUCAGCAUCAAACCAAAACCCAAACAACCAAGCAAAUCUGUGAUUGUUAAAAGUAUUGAGCGGAAUGCACCUAAUUUGCAUAAAGCACGACGCAUCUUGUUAGGACUCGAACAAGAUGGAUUACUCCUAACAAAUAAUAACCCCACUGCUGCAAGUCUGGGACUGACGGGACUCGGAAUGUUUGGUCACAAUAUGCUCAGUAUCAAUACAGCCAAUCCACUGCUGAUGUACAACGUAGCAAACUCAUCUCCCACCACACCCCCAAGCCCUCGUAUCAUACAGAACCUUCAGAGUCCAAGAACUGCAUGGACAACUACUGGGGCUUUUACAGGUGUGUACAGUCCAAUGAUGGUUGUAACAGGGCCACCUCCAGGAUUUACACAGACUGUACCUACAACAUCUAACCUAACUAAUCAACAAAGCCAGCAGAACCUUUAUUCACAGUGCAAUGGUGGACCCAAUAAAAACACUGGCAGCAAUCAGAGGACACCCAAUUCCUCAGAAAAAGGUCCAAGCAGUACAUCUAGCAGUGUAGAAAGUCCUAGCCUACAAAGUCCUGCACUUUCCCCAUGUCAAAGUCCUAUUGAUCUCCUAAAUAAAGACACUUCUAAUAUAAACACACUUCUAAACAAUGACACAUCUAAUAUGAACACGCUUCUAAAUAAAGAUGUGUCACAUAUGAAUGGUUCACUAAACAAUGACUCAACCAGUCUAAAUGGUCCUCUAAGCACAACCAGUCUAAAUGGUCCUCUAAACACAACCAGUCUAAAUGGUCCUCUAAACACAACCAGUCUAAAUGGUCCUAUUAAUGCAGACAGUGUAGAUCUACGCAACCUAAGUAGCGGUCACAAUUAUGUAGACAUUGUUAUGAAUAAAAAGACUUCGCCUAGUAAUAGCUGUACCGCUAGUGAUUUAUUCGGACUGAACAAGCCAAUGUCACCUGACCUUGACAAUGGCGGUAAUUUAUAUAAUUUAGCGAAGCACAUAUCACCUUCAAAUAGUGGAAAUGGCGCAGAUUUAUUUGGACUCGCACAUCCUUCUCAAGCUGCCAUGAUGUUGGCGGGAAAACGACCAAGUCAUCCCUCCCCCUUCUCUAACACUGGCAGCCGAUCCUCUGAGUCGGGUGCAGAUUCUGAUACUAGCUCUGAAAAUAAAAUAUCUCCCGACCAAUCAACAUCAAGUUUAUUCUCAUCUCCCAUAAUGCCCCGUGCAUCUCCCAUAAUGCCACGUGCCACAAAUGGAUUGCCGCCAGGUCUCAAUAUUAAGCCAGAAAAUUAUGAGCACAAAAAACUAUUGGCAACGAAAGCUGUGCAAAAGAAACCGGAAGGAGAAUCAAGGACACCUACAGAUUUUUGGUCAGGCCUAGGAUUCUCAAAGUCCAUGCCAGAUUCUGCCAUCAGAGAUCAGUUGGCCAAUAGUUAUACUAAAUAUAAAGGCCCUACCAUGGGGACCAUGUAUGAGAAUAAUGUUGGGGAGGAUGAGGACCGAGACCCAUGGAAAGAUUCUAAAUCUCAUACUCCUUACAAUCCACCAGUUAACGCAGCUCCUGGGGAGUACAGUCCACGCAGAAAAACUCCUGAGUAUGGUAUUUCUGACACUGGUAGCAAUCUGCCCCCUCAAACUCCAGUGAACUCCACCCCCACCCCCGCUACAGACCUAGCUGAGUUGUUCUGUACCCUUGGUCUUGGCAAAUACACCGACUUGUUCACGCAGCAAGAGAUUGACUUGGCUACAUUCCUGACACUGUCUGACCAAGACUUAAAGGAACUUGGAAUCUCAACAUUUGGAGCACGCAGAAAAAUGCUCCUUGCAAUUGCAGAUCUGCAUAAAAGAUGUUCCCAAUUCUCAGUGCCCCCUGGAGCUAAUAAUGCGUACCGUGAGAGUCGCCCGACAAUGACACCUCCGUCAGCCCCACCUAUCUUGCGUCGUAUCGACCGCGACAUCGCCAGCCAAAGUGGGCGCUGGUAACAUAAAACAUGUCGCUAUAGUAACUAACAACAUCUUAGCAACGACAACAAUCAAAGGGCUUGAAUUACAGGAUGUGUUUCAGAUGGCGUCAUUGUGGAAAACUUGAUUUGUUUGACAUCAAAGCUUAAUACUAUGUCAGUUUUUAAACAUUGAGAUACUGAACAGGUUUCACCAACGAACAUAUAUCUAUCUGUAAUCCGUAUAUAGACUGAUAUAAAUGGAUAACAUAAUUAGAUUCCAUUGUUAGUGAGACGUGUUUUUCACAGUGCAGUUUAUUAAUUAAGAGGUAUAGCUAGGAGCAUUGCAGUAAUAAGGAAGAAAAUGCUGUACACUAAAAAAAAGCAGGGCUUUUUAGUGAAGUCCCUGAUCCAUAAAUCCAUAGUAUCCACAAUAGUAGUAUGUGAUAUACCACUUAGAAGGAGCAACAACAUUAGGAAAUGAAUUCUUAUAGGGUGGAUA